CCCUGUGCAGAAUAACGACAUUGUGAAAGUGAGAAAAAUAUCCACAUUUGGUUAAAAAAAAAAUUAAAUAAUGGCAACCUCACGUCUUUUAAUUUUAUCUCGUCAGUUACCUGCUUUAAUCAACUUCAACAAAUUUUGUCGUCACGCCACUUACUUCAGAAGUGGAGCUCUUAAGCCCAAACCAGAACAAAUGAGCUUUGGUAUUGUUGGAGUAGUGUGUGCAGUUGUUCCUGGUCUGUUUAUAGGUGCAGCAAUAAGCAAAAGUAUAGCAAACUUUUUAGAGGAGAAUGAACUUUUUGUUCCAUCAGAUGAUGAUGAUGAUGAUAUGGAUUAAGAAAAAAUUUUGACAUUUUCUUCAAAAAAUACUCUAGUCAUCUUAAUAAAAUAAAAUCAGCAGAAAAUUUUAUAAAAUUUGCUUCAUAUUACUGAAACAGGAGUUCACAUCUAAUUUUAAAGACGAAUCUUAUAAUAAAUAUUAAUAUUUAUUUGAUACUUAGCUUAGCUGGUUAAUAGCUAAGUUUUAAGAAAUUUAUAUAA